UCUGCUGGGCGGGGUUGCCGAGAAAUCGUCGUGCGCUGGAGCCGCGAUUCUCCGUCCCUGGCCGCUUGUGCGGCGUUUUAUUCUGCGUGGGUUAAUCCUGCCGCGGCCCGGUGGAGUGAGUUGACGUGACGUAGCCGGCCGCAUUUUAAGAACGGGGGCAACUUACCUGAGGUUUCGCGGCUGCCCAGGGAUUGAUUCCUGGGGUGACCAGAUCUUCUUGGUGAAAACGUUUAUUUGGUCUCGUUUACCAUAGCAUUACGAAUAUGUAACUGUUUUUUAGUCCAGACAAGUUUUGUUCCAGAUGAAUAUUGGCAGUCUCUUGAAGUUGCACAUCACAUGGUUUUCAAAUAUCCUUUGUAGUUUCUUUUCCAAAUUAGAAAUGUGUAUUCAUCUUAGAAAUUGUGCCAGCUUCUAUUGUAUUUUUUCAAUCAAUUUUCCAUAUAUUCUCCAAGUAAUUUUAACUUAUCAAAGUACACCAUUAUUUUAUACUAAUAUUUCUUCUAUAUCUUUCUUUGAUGUUAAUACACUUGACUCAACCUUUAGCCAGCAGGUCUUCCCAUAGUGCUCAGUACUGUGGAAGAUAUAGAUGAAGUAAAAAACACAUUCCCUUCAUGAAGAAAUUAUGAGUUUAAUUGGCCAUUGCAUUUUUAACUUAAAUAACCAGUGUGAAAUGCUGUGUUUUUAAGUUUCAUUAUCAAAAAAAUAGAAAUUUUUUAUGCACAGACAUUAAAAGAGAUUGUUUCAGUGCUAUUCAACAUUAGUCCUUAAUAUCACUAAUUAUGGUUAUUUGACCUGGGAAUGGACAGAAAGAUUGAGGGGUUACACAUACCCCUUAAUCUUUGCAAGCAUUUACAAGAUUCUGCAUCUUUUGGGAAAAGAUAGUGUUCAGCUACUGCACUGGCUUAGAACACGUGAGAAGAAAGGGAUAUAGAAGGGAGACCUGAAUGGGGUUCCACAGUGGGGGCUUUCAAUAGUCAGAAGACAUACAAGGGCAUUUGGCCUCUGGAAGCUUAAUGGAGGAAUCAGGAGCUUAAAGAACAGGAGAAUGGUAAGCUGCCAACACAGUAUCAUACUCAAGGUUUACCCCUUGCAUGUUCCUUCUCUUUGCCCCAAAUUAACUUUUCACAUGAACUACUUUCAGGCCUAGAGGUAAGAAGAAUAUAGAUCUCUAUGCAGAGUAAACAAAAGGUAUGUACAUAGAUGCCUUUUGCUCUAUUUUACAGGGCAAUUAUUUUUUUUAAGUGAAAUUAUGAAGUACAGUAUACCUUUAAGACUUAAAUAUUUACAGAUUACUGACAAAGAGGAGGAACAUAAAACAAAAGUGUUAGAAGCCACUGACACCUGAAAGUAAAGCUACUCUAAAGUUAAUAAAGAUUGGUCCAACAAAAAUACAAAUUUAAAUAUAUUUUUAGAAACACAUCUUUCGAACAAACCUAGAUUAAAUUGUGCUCUAUCAGUGUGUUAUUUUGUUAAUGAUAGCUCGGACACAUUUUUUUUAAAACUCUCAAAGAUGUCAUUGUGUAAUAUUAGAAUUACUAACUGUAAUUAAGUUAUAAUACAUUUACUCUUUAGUUUUACUUUUUUUUUAAGAUUUUUAUUUAUUUAUCCAUGAGAAACACAGAGAGAGAGAGAGAGAGAGAGAGAGGCGCAGAGACACAGGCAGAGGGAGAAGCAGGCUCCAGGCAGGGAGCCCAACAUGGAACUCGAUCCCAGGUCUCCAGGAUCAGGCCCUGGGCUGAAGGUGGCACUAAACCGCUGAGCCACCCUGGCUGCCCCUAGUUUUACUCUUAAAUUUACUUUUUAAUGUCAUCUGAUUACUGUGUUUUUGUAAUUGUAGAAUACUUGUCCUUUUAUGGGGAAAAAAAAGUAAUUUUAUCAUCUGUAUUGCAGGAUGAAAAACAAUGUAACUUAGUAGUUAAGAGCACAGGCUUCAGAAUCACAAAGAGCUGGGUUUGAAUCCUAGCUUUGACACUAAGUAGCUUUGUAGCCUUGAGAAAAUUAUUUAAUGUCUCUGUACCUCAGUUUCCUCACUUAUAAAGCAGUACCUAUCUCACAGAGAUUGUUAGGAGGACUGAAUGAGGUGAUAUAUAUAAAGUACUUGGUAUGAUACCCAUCACACACUAUUAUAAAUGAUUCAUAAAAAUUUAACUUACUGUUAUGCUAAUGGAAAUCACUAAAUGUGCUUCCAAAAUAGAACCUUAAUGCAAUGAACUAUUUUGUUGGCUAUCUAAAUUAAAAGCAGUAGUGUUGUAAUAUAUAAAUUACAGAGAGAAAGAAUGAGAAUGAUAAAACUACUUUGGGCAUUUUCCUGAAAAAUUAAUGUAAUUUUUGUCAAAAAACAGGUAUUUUUGCAGAAUAGACUAAUAUAUUAUGUCUAUUUUUGUACUAAGAAGGGCCUUCAGUUGAUAGUCGGAUCAGUUUGUUGAUUUUUUAUGCUAAUUCAGUGUGAACUGGUACAUGUUUUUAAAUAUCUUCUUUUUUUAAUUAAAAAAAAAAAACAACUAUUGAAGAUUUGGAUUCCUAGACUUGCCCAAGCACUUCUAUCUGCUAUAGCAGACAUCAGACUCUACUCCUUAAUGAAGCAACUAGAAAAUCACCAAAUGGCAAGAUGGGUGUUUUUUUGCCAGUUAAGCUCUUGGUUCACAUGGUAUUGCUGUACCAGAACUCUUACAAACACCAUGGAAACUGUUCUCACUAUAAUUGCUCUUUUCUACUAUCCUUUGGAAGGUUCAAAGUCUAUGAACAGUGUCAAGUACUCCUCCCUGGUGGCCCUUGCCUUCAUAAUUCGUCCCACAGCAGUCAUUCCAUGGAUACCUUUGGUCUUCAGACAUUUCUGGCAAGAACAAAAAAAGCUUAAUCUUAUUCUGCACCAGUUUUUACCUAUAGGGUUUGUCACUUUAACUUUGUCUCUGAUAAUUGAUCGUAUUUUUUUUGGUCAAUGGACCUUGGUUCAGUAUAACUUUUUGAAAUUUAACGUGCUGCAGAAUUUGGGAACAUUUUACGGUUCUCAUCCAUGGCAUUGGUACUUCAGUCAAGGAUUUCCGGCUGUCUUGGGUACUCACUUACCCUUCUUUAUUCAUGGCUGCUUUCUGGCCCCAAAGAGGUACCGAAUACUUUUGGUAACUGUGCUGUGGACACUGCUAAUUUAUAGCAUGUUGAGCCACAAAGAAUUCAGGUUUAUCUAUCCAGUUUUACCAUUUUGUAUGGUGUUUUGUGGGUACUCACUAAACCACCUGAAAACAUGGAAGAAACCAGUUCUCAGUUUCCUAUUUUUAUCGAAUAUGCUCCUCGCCCUCUAUACUGGUUUAGUUCAUCAACGAGGUACUCUUGAUGUCAUGACUCAUAUUCAAGAACUCUGUUACAAUAAUCGCAAUAAAUCUUCAGCUUCAGUAUUUAUCAUGAUGCCUUGCCACUCUACUCCUUAUUAUAGCCAUGUCCACUACCCACUUCCCAUGAGAUUUCUCCAGUGUCCCCCAGACCUGACUGGAAAGAGUCAGUACCUUGAUGAAGCAGAUAUAUUCUACCUAAAUCCCUUAAACUGGCUAUAUAAAGAGUUUCACAAUGAUUCAGCAUUGCCUACUCACUUGAUCAUCUUCAGCAUUUUAGAGGAGGAAAUAAGUGCUUUCCUAAUUGCAAGCAACUAUGAGAGAACUGCUGUGUUCUUCCACACUCACUUGCCAGAAGGUCGAACUGGAAGUCACAUAUAUGUCUACGAACGGAAAUUAAAAGGGACACUCAACAGAAGAUGAAAUUCUGAAUUGUGUUUAAAUCUUUCCUGAAGAAAUAGACAUUGUUGGGUACAAAUAUUCAGAUGCUGCAUAAAUAUGCCUGUAAGCACUGAGUAAGAUUCAUGGAUCUAGAAAAAAAACUACUGAACUGCUUUACCAAAUAUCACUACUGAGGAAAUGUAUGAAAAAUAUCACAAGUAUAAAAUAUAUUAAUACAAAUGCCAGAUUUUAAAUAAAGACCUUUAGUUUUCCUCA